AUGUUCCACGCACUUCGUACGAACCCGAGCUGCCAAAGCAAAUAUGUGGCGAUAAAGACAGAUAUGAGUAAAGCUUAUGAUCGUGUGGAAUGGAGUUUCAUGGAAGAACUAAUGGAAAGGAUGGGAUUCGACGGGAGAUGGAUCAAUAGGAUCAUGCGCUGUAUCUCGUCGGUCUCCUAUCAAGUCCUCAUCAACGGGGAAGUAAAGGAAACAUCACACCAUCUCGCGGAGUGCGACAGGCUAAAGAAUGCGGAGCAGGAAAAGAAGCUCACUGGCCUGAAGAUUGCACGAGCCAGCCCGCCAGUCUCGCACCUACUCUUCGCCGAUGACAGUCUGUUUUUUUGCAAGGCGGACCAGGGAGAGUGUAGUGAGCUGAUGAAAAUCAUUGACGUCUACAUCAACGCCUCAGGACAACAACUGAACAAAUCAAAAUCUUCAGUUAUAUUCGGUUCUAAGGUAGUAGCGUCCUCAAAAAAUGACCUGAAAAGGUCACUAGCCAUAUAUCAAGAAGGUGGAAUGGGUAUGUAUCUCGGACUCCCUGAAAAGAUAUGUGGCUCUAAGAAACAAGUUUUUAGCUACGUUCAAGAGCGAUUGAAUGAUCGCACAAACUCUUGGUCGACGAAAUUACUAUCAAAAGGUGGUAAAGAGAUCCAGAUCAAAGCGGUCGCUCAAGCGGUACCAUCCUUCACCAUGUCCUGCUACCUCUUACCACAGGGAAUUACAAAGAAACUAAUGAGUGCAGUCUCGCGUUUCUGGUGGAGCACCAAGAUCAAUAAUAAGGGACUUCAUUGGGUAGCUUGGGAUAAAAUCUGUGUACCUACGGACGAGGGCGGACUUGGUUUCCGUGACUUUCACGCGUUCAACCUUGCCUUACUAACAAAACAGUUGUGGAGAUUACUUCAGUAUCCUCACUCUCUCUUAGCUCGAGUUCUAAAAGGUAGAUAUUACAGACACACAAACCCGAUGAACGUGCAGAAGGCAAGCAACCCAUCCUAUGGAUGGCGAAGCUUAUUAGCCUCAAAAGAAGUUCUCCAUAAGGGUCUCCGGAAGAAGAUAGGAAAUGGACAUACAACAAAAGUAUGGGAGGAGCCCUGGCUCCCAACGCAACCAGCGAGAGCACCACUUAGUAUUGGCAACGUCCGAGAUGAAGACUUCCACGUUCAUCAUCUUAUCGAUGCUCAGAAUCAGUCUUGGAACCUAGAGAUACUAAACACAGUCAUCUCCACGGAGGAUAUUCCCAAGAUUACAUCACUCCGGGUGAGCCGUACAGGUCGACAUGAUAGGUACUCCUGGGAUUUUACGAAGUCCGGAGUAUACUCGGUGCGAUCAGGCUACAAGAUAGCCCGCGAGCUCCAGUCUACGGCCAACCCGAGCGUUGUAACGGAACCUAGUACAACAGAACUGAAGAAAGCAAUAUGGAAGUUCAAAGCCCCACGAAAACUUAAACACUUUCUAUGGCAAGUUACAACAGGCUACUUAGCGACGGCAGAGCAACUUAAAGAGAGACAUUUUGCAAAAGAAAGUAUAUGUGUUCGAUGCGGUGAUGAAAACAAAUCCAUCAAUCACACAAUCUUUAAGUGCCCACCGGCCCUACAAUGUUGGGCUCAAUCUGAUAUACCGUCUUCUCUGGGGCUGUUCCCGAGUAACUCUCUAUAUUCAAACAUAGAUUUCUUGUUAUUUCGUGCUAAAGAAACUGGAGUGAGGUCAGAGAUCUUCAAAGACAAAGAUAUCACGCCGUUGGACUCACUGCAACUCGCAGUUAAAGAAGCAGAGAGCUGGACACUAGCGCAGAGAAUACCGGAAGACACGAAGGGUGAGAGGGACGAACAACGAAGAACACGACACAGUGCCAGUAUACAAGAGCUUCCCGCAGCUAGAUGGAGAUGUCAAACUGAUGCAUCUUGGACAAACGAAAGAGACAGAGCCGGGAUGGGCUUCGUACUGCUGGAGGACGACAUACCGAUUCUAUUUGGAACACAGGGACUAAGUGUCGCAGUAUCCCCACUCCACGCCGAAGCCGAAGGGCUACUGUGGGCGAUGCAGGAAGUGAUGAGGCAUGGAACCAGAGCGGUACGUUUUGAGUCUGAUUGUGAACAACUAAUCAAGCUGAUAAGGGAUGACGAAGAUUGGCCAUCAAUGGCAUCUGAAUUAGACGAGAUCAAAGAUUUAUCGGCUGAGUUUAUUGAGUUCUCUAUAGCAUACGUUCCAAGAUCUGCGAACAUCCGUGCAGACUCUCUAACCAAAGGGAAAAGAUCACGCGUCUUCGGUACACCAUUUGUCAACUGCUUUGCACCAAGUUGGCUAGCUCUAAACGCUGGCCAAGAGGCUGCUAACUAG